UGCGGAUUGGUCAGUAGGUCUGUCCUACAGCUGAGGGGAAGGGUGUUGUAGUCCCGGCUCAGAGCAUAGACGGUGGCUCAGUCAUGAACUCACUGGAACAGGCCGAAGACCUGAAGGCCUUUGAGAGAAGACUGACAGAGUAUGUCUCAUGUUUGCAACCUGCCACAGGCAGGUGGAGAAUGAUUCUAAUAGUGGUGUCUGUCUGUACGGCUACUGGAGCCUGGAACUGGUUAAUUGACCCAGACACACAGAAAGUCUCUUUCUUUUCAUCCCUGUGGAAUCAUCCCUUCUUCACCAUCAGCUGCAUCACUCUAAUAGCACUCUUCUUUGCGGGGAUACACAAACGAGUUGUGGCGCCGUCAAUUAUCGCUGCCCGCUGCCGCACAGUUUUAGCAGAAUACAACAUGUCCUGUGAUGAUACGGGGAAACUUAUUCUGAAACCACGACCAAACAUCCAGUGACCACAAGCUUAUGGAUUCUGUCAGGCCUCAUCUUUGUUGAUAACCUUUGUGUCUUUGAGUCCUUUGGAUGCUCUGAGAUCAGCUAUGAUGGGAAGUGCAUUUGCAGCAAAGAAAUGAACUGAGGGGGGCCAUUUUUUUUUUAAACAGUAUGGCUGUGUUGAUGUCACCAUUGAAGCUGCUGAUUUGCUCAUAUUUUACACAUUCAGAGUGCGUGUUUAUUUCUGUUUCUGUUGAGCAUGUAUUUUAUCUAAAUGUUUCUAU